GGAUGGAGCCGCGCUGGGAGCGACGCGAAGGGACCGCGGGAGGAUUUGGGGGUCCCGGGAGGGGAUUUGGGGGUUCGGGGGGGGCCCUGAGGGCCGAGACCCCCCCCGAGAGGCUUCGGCUGGUGGUGCUGGGGGCCGGCGGCGUCGGGAAGAGCGCGCUGAGCGUCCGCUUCGUCCAGUCCUCCUUCGCCCCCACCCACGACCCCACCAUCGAGGACUCCUACUCCAAGCUCUGCCGGGUGGAUGGGGUCCCCGUGCGCCUCCACAUCGUGGACACAGCGGGGCAGGAGGAAUUGGGGGGACUGCGGGAACCCCACUUGCGGGCGGGCGAUGGCUUCCUCCUCGUCUUUGCCAUUAACGACCGCGGGAGUUUUGGGGUGCUGCCGCGGCUCUUGGGGCAAAUCCUGCGCGUGAAGGACCGCGACGACGUCCCCACAGUGGUGGUGGGAAACAAAGCGGAUCUGCAGUGCCGACGCCAGGUCCCCCGCGAGGAGGCCGAGGCCUUUGCCCGACAGCGGCGCCUUCGCUACCUCGAGGCGUCGGCCAAGACGCGCCUCAACGUGGACGAGGCCUUCGAGGAGGUGGUGCGCGCCAUAAGGCGCUUCCGGGAGCAGGAGACCCCCCCGGCGCUGCCCCCCCCACCCCCCAAGGACCCCCCCCCUCGCUGCCCCUGUGCCCUCCUCUGA